ACAGAAAGAGGGUGCAGUGCUCGCAGAGCUCGUAAUGGAUAUGGCAAAUCUUUUUAAACAUUUCUUUCGGAUUGGAAAGGCAAAGCAGAAAAGCUGCAUGAAAGAUUUGCCCUCCACCGCUGAUAAAUACACUGACAAUAAUGAACGGCUUUAUGACCUCAAUUUACCAGCACUGGUCAAGUUUAACUACACUGCAAAACGUGAGGAUGAACUUUCAUUGGUCAAGGGCACAAAGGUCAUCGUCAUGGAGAAGUGCAGCGAUGGAUGGUGGCGAGGAACCUAUAAAGGCCUUUCCGGAUGGUUCCCCUCCAAUUACGUCACAGAAGACGUACAUGGGACAAUGGGAGGAGGCACUUAUAAAGAAAAACUUCACAAUGACAAUGGCACUCUUGUUCUGCAGACCGUACAAGCACUUUAUCGUUUUAGCUCUGGUAAUGAUGAGGAGCUCAGUUUUAACAAAGAUGAACUUAUGGAUGUGCUGGAGAAACCCGAGAAUGACCCUGAAUGGUGGAAGUGCAGAAAACAAAAUGGCCAAGUGGGUCUUUUGCCCAAGAACUAUGUUACAGUUGUACAGACGUCUAAUAAUGAACUGGAAAUGUCUGGACCACCUACUUCAAACUAUGAUUACAUUAGGCCUUGUAUAAAUGGAAAGUUUGGAGGACAGUUGUGGUACUUUGGCAAAGUGACACGACAUCAGGCAGAGAUGGUCUUGAACCAGAGGGGUGUGGAUGGUGAUUUUCUCAUCAGAGACAGCGAGUCAAUGCCAAACGACUUCUCCAUUACUCUGAAGGCAAUGUAUAAGAACAAGCAUUUCAAGGUGCAGCAAAAAGAUGGACUCUACUGCAUCGGUCAGCGCAGGUUUAGCUCCAUGGAGAAAUUGGUGGAACAUUACAAAAAGGCGCCCAUAUUUACCAGUGAACAGGGAGAUAAACUGUUCCUGAUAAAAGCAUUAUCCUAAACCUAAAGUAGCAACAGACUCUUCAAAUUGUAAGCCUGGCAUCAUUCUGCAUCAUUUCACAUAGGCAACAUAAACUUAUGUUGACUGUGGAAAAUGUUCUCAGAGUUCUUAUGGAUGUGUAUUUACAAUGCCAUACAAUAAAUAAAAUAUUAACAAUACUUUAACAUUGGUCCAAUAUGGGCUACUAAGUGAAUUUAAAUCUGAACGUUUAUAAGGAUGUAUAUGAGUAUGAUUAGCUUUGAUAAGUGUUUCUACUGCUGCAUUUAGUAUGAAAUAAUUUUACUCAUUAUUUGUAUGAAUUUGGUGUUCUUGUCAUCUGCUGUUUUAAAUGUACAAUCUUUCAAUUAUGCUUAAAGGGAAACUUCACCCAAAUAUGAAAAGUAUAUCAUGAAUUACAUUUACACAUUUAUGUAAUUACAGUAAUUAUUUUAACAUUAAAAUGUUAGUCAAAGUUGGCCCUAGAACAGUUUGUUUUGCUAAAUUCCUAAAAAUAUUAAAUUAUUUGUUGAACGGAAUAACAAAAAUGAUACAAUCAUUUUUCCUACCAUGGUAGUCAAUGAUAUCCCAGUUGCUAAGAUUGUGUUCAACUGAACAAAUAAUUGUAUACAGGUUUGAAACAACUUGAGGGUGAGUAAAUGAUGAAAGAAUUUUCAUUUUUGGGUGAAGUAUCCCUUUAAGUAGUAAAUGUGUCAAAACACCAAACAAGUGAUAAAUGAAUCAUCCUGAAUGAUCCUGAUAUUUACCCUUUUUAGUUUAUACUUGUUCUUUUGUCAUGAUUUUAUGACUGCCCUUUCUAUGCGGUUUUCUGCUACUGGCAAAUCUUGUCGAAUGAGUUGAGCUCAUUGUUUCUCUUCCUCACAGAGCUUAACCAAACACAUUGGCAUUUUUUUGUUGAAAUCCACUUUCUUGUACAAAAUCUAAUCUGUAACAAGCAAUCUGUAAACUGUGAAUGUUGUUUAUUUCCACUGUGAACUUGUAGGUUUUCUUUGGUUCUUGAUGAGUAUUUAAAUAAAGUAUUAAACAUA